AUGGAAGCAGCGGGAAAGCAUGAGGCUUCUGAAGCAGAUAGUAUUUUACCUGAUCCCAGUGUGUAUAAAAGAUUAGUUGGCAGAUUAUUGUACCUCACAAUCACUAGACCUGAUAUAGCUUACUCAGUCCAUAAGCUCAGCCAAUAUAUGGAUAAGCCAAUGCAACCUUAUCUAGGUGCAGCUCACAAAGUUCCACAGUACAUAAAAGGCAAUCCAGGUCAAGGUGUUUUCCUAUCUUUUAAGUCAGAUCUUCAUCUAAAGGCUUACGCAGACUCAGAUUGGGCAGCUUGUGUGGACACUAGGAGGUCCACUACUGGUUACUGCAUUUUCUUGGGAGAUUCAUUGAUCUCAUGGAAGUCUAAGAAGCAGUCCAUUGUAUCAAGGUCAUCUGCAGAGGCAGAAUAUAGAGCUAUGGUAGCAACUGUGCGUGAUGUGGCUUGGUUCCUAGCUAUGCUCAAAGAUUUAGAGGUUUCUCAUUCUAGACCAGUGUUGUUUUCUGUGAUAAUCAAGCAGCAAUGCACAUGGGUGAAAAUCUUAUGUUUCAUGAGAGAACUAAGCAUAUAG